UCUAAAAUGUGUUCAAUAAACGAACAUAAACUAACGCUCGCUUACAGAACACGAAGUAAUAACACUACAUUGUCAGCAGUAAAGUUUGGUACAUUCUCAGACACAUGGAAGUCCAUUACUCUCAUGCAGUAGACACGCGUCAAUCAAAAGCCUACGUGGCAGUCUUCGAAACUGCAUGCCCAAGAAUCCCGAAAUGUUCUCGAACUUGUCGGACUGUCAGAGUAUCGAUCAUCAUAAUAUUUCCAGGCAACACCAUAUAUAGAAUCUAGUUUGCACCCAUAUAUUCCUCGAUCGAUCUCCAGAUUAGAAUUGAAUGAAGAUGAUGAACGUUUUGGCUUUGUCCCUAGUCCUAACCACGCUAGCGACGGCGGGGGUUUUGUCUCCGCCGCCGCCGGAGAAAAAUCAAGAAGACGUGAUAAUCAAAGACGGCCACCGAGUUGUGGUGGUGGAGUACGAGAAAGAGCAGGGGAACACCAAGGUUUUGAUUUCUCCGCAUGAAUCUUCCGAGGAUAUUGCGGCGGGGAAGGGAGGAGAAAAGAUGGAGGAGGAGGACGGCGACGGAAGUUAUCAUCAUCUCCGGCGGACGACUGCCGGAGAGCUCGUGUGUGAUGCUUUUGGGAGAUGCCGGCGCAAGAUCGCCGGCGCGUUCGACCGGACGAAAGACACCGCCCCGGAGAAGGCGGAAGCGGCGAGAGGCGCCGUCAGCGAAGGGCUGGGAAAGGUGAGAGAUACGGUGGUGGAUAAAGGCCGUAAGGCGGCGGAGAUGGCGUAUGAGGCGGAGGAAGAAGCGAGAGACGCCGUGAGCGAGGGGCUUGGGAAGGUUAGAGAUACGGUGGCAGAUAAGGGCAACAAGGCGGCGAAGAAGGUGUACGAGAUGGAGGAAGGAGCUCGGGACGCCAUAACCGAGCGGCUAGAGAAUCUAAGAGCGAGCGCGGCGGAGACGGCGAAGGAAACGGCAAAAGACGCGGCGGAGAAAGUGAAGGGCAUCAGAACAGACGCGUCAAGAAAGAUGGAGCACAUGAAGGAACAACUUUCCGACAGGGCAAAGAAGGCCGAGGAAAAGGUCGGAGAGGCCAAGGAAUCCGCGAAACAGAACAUUCUCCGGUGGGCCGGCAGAGCAUUUGGGAUGGCGAAUCUGAUAGGAUUAGCCUUCGCGUACGGAAUGUCGGUGUGGGUGACGUUUAUUUCUAGCUAUGUUUUGGCUAAGGCGCUGCCACGACAACAAUUUGCAAUGGCGCAGAGCAAAAUAUACCCAGUUUACUUCAAGGCGAUGGCUUAUAGCAUUGGAACUGCGCUUUUAGGCCAUCUGUUCAGCCAAACGCAAAGGCUCCACUCCAAAACUACACAGCAGUUCUUGGGGUUUAAUCUCCUUUUUUCACUCGUGAUGGUGUUAGUCAAUUUGCUCUAUCUCGAGCCUCGUGCAACCAAGGUGAUGUUUGAGAGGAUGAAGGUGGAGAAGGAAGAAGGGAGAGGAAAAGUGAGCACCGAAACGGAGCACGGCGGCAGCGAUGGAGUGAAUCCUCCCGCCGGAGCAGUCAGAACAGCGACAGCCACUGAAAUAGCAGAGAAAAAGCUGCAGCGAGAAAGAGCGGAGGAGGCGGCGGGGAAGUCGUCGGAGAUGGUGAGGUUGAGCAGGAAGCUGAAGAAGCUGAACUCGUACUCGUCUUUCCUUAACGUUGUUACGCUUAUGUGUCUUACGUUGUACCUUGCUGACCUUGGCCAGCGUCUUCAUGUUGCAUGUUGAUUAACGCUAGCUGCGAGUCUCGGUUCGUCCAAUGUCUUUUAUAUGUAGUUGUAGAUUAUUGUAAAUUAAAUGGGUUGUGGAUUUGUAGUGUUUGUGAUGAACAAUGCUUAUUGUAAUCCUUAGCAUGUUUGUGACAUUUGACUGCCUAUUAUAUUAUAGUCCACA